CGUCUGUCUCCGACACCAGCUCCUUCCUUCCACGGACAAGUCAUGACGGCAUCCACCGCGGUCGUGGGCGUUUGUGACGCUUCCGGCAAACAGCCUUUCCGCUUUCUGGACCUCCCGCGCGAACUGAGGGACCGAAUCUAUGAGUUUGCUCUCUACUAUGGCACUAUCCGGAUAUCGGGAGGAACGGGCAAACCAGGCACCUACAAAGUUGAUCGCGGCAACAAGCGACAUGUUAGACCGCGAAUCGUUCUGACAUGCCGGCAAAUUUAUCAAGAAGCAACGCGAGUCUUCUAUGGAAUAAAUACGUUCGACUUCGAAGACGUACCUGCAGCAUUCAAUUUCCUCCGCGAUAGGCCUGAGGAUGCCGUUAGGAGCAUCCGAUACCUCCAACUUUCCUAUCGCCACAAUAACGACUCCGAUCAAGGCCAAUUCAAUGCUCUUUGCGCAUUGCUGCAAUGGCGAUGUCCGCUUCGAGAAUUGAAACUAACAAUUCACACGGCAGAUGUGCGCAAAAUCCUUCAAGACGAGUCCAACCUAGAGAAAACGCAGUACCAACCAAUCCCCGCCUGGGUAAACCAAGUACUGCAAGUCAAGAAUUUGCAUCGACUUCAUGUCCACUGGAACUUCGGGUCGAGGAAGUACAUCCGCACAGCACUCGCCGCCGCCAGAUUGAUGCGGUCAAGUAUGUUGCAGACCGAUAUGGCGUUCUCCGAUGCGCAGGGCAUCCAGGUUCGUCUACGCCACGUAGCCAGGGUCGGUCGGCAGCAGAUCCGAUGGGGUGAACUGAACAUGAUGAUUACCAAAGAUGGCGAAUCGGAGCUUGAACGAAAGAGGAGGGUGAGGGUAUUGCCGCAUUCCUGGUGCAAUGAGUGUGGUGCGUUCGAGGGAACUCUAUUGUGCGACUGCAUCCACCAGGUUUCAACAGCUUGCUUGAAAAGCUUUGAGAGCAAGUGCCGUUCCUGUCACCGCUGUGGUCGGCCUGGCACCAUGUAUCGUGGAGAGCAACACCAGCUGCCCGCUAUUUUGAAGCUCGACCCCGACGACACGAGUACCACGCCUGUUGGGGAAGACGUAUGGGACAGUAGGAGGUGGGGCGGCAAGGCGCUCAAGGACUAUCUCCCAAACUAUGUGACCGAGGACGACUUUCACAAGGCUAAAGAGCUGGCGAAUGUAGGGGUUACGCUUGUGCCCCCGAUCGCAGGAGAUUACGCCAACAGCGACUUCGGCGAUACUGACAGCCUGCUAAGUGUCCACGGCUGGAGCGAUGACGAGGACGGCGAGUAACGUCUCGGACGGCGCGGCAGUCUACCGCGAGUGAGACGCCAGCCGUUUUUUCCACAUUCGCAUACGAAAUAGCGGUGUUCCAAUGCG